GGAAACACACGUUCCGUCUACCGUUAGAAACACAUUAGCGAGUUUGACCCAAGCUUCGAAACAUCGGUGUCUAAAGAAAAAACCCGAGUUUUACCCCAAAAUUCUCGCUUCGGGGUGAAAGAUGUGAUGACAUCACUUCAAUGUGUCCCUGCCUGUCGUAAAGGACUUCACCAAAUUUGUUUUAUGAAAUUAUUCUGUUUGGUUAAAAUAUGCACUGUAAGAUGUCGGACAGCAGGACUAUAUUAAAAGUUCUGCUGUUUCUCACAUUGUCUGUUUAUGUUUCACCAGCAGACGCAGACACUCUGCAGUUCUUCUACACUGCUGUCACACCAGGAAUAAAUGUUACUUCUGUUGGUCUGCUGGAUGGAGAACAGUUUGUGUACUACAACAGUAGCAUCAAGAAGAUGAUCUCAAAGACAGAAUGGAUACAGAAGAUCAGUACUUAUAAUAAAAAUUACUGGAACGUAGAAACAGAGCGUGUUAAGGAUUAUCAGGACACUGUGGAUACAGUAAUGAAAAGUUUGAAUCAAGCUGAAGGAGAUCAUACACUCCAGUGGAUGCUUGGCUGUGGGCUUGAUAACGGCAUCGUUAGAGGAUAUAGUCAGUACCGUUAUGAUGGAGAUGAUUUCAUCAGUCUGGAUCUUAACUGGAACCCGGAAUUUGGACGUGGAACCUGGACUGCAGCUAAUGAGAAAGCUGAGAUCUUUAUAAACAAGUGGGACCCUAAAGGAGACCAGGCUAGAAUGUGGAUGGACUACCUGAAAUCUGACUGUAUUGAUCAGUUAAAGAAGUUUGUGAAUCACAGCAGAGAGACUCUAGAGAGGAAAGUUCAUUCUGAGGUUUCAGUGAUCCAGAAACACUCGCCUUCUCCAGAGCUGGUGUGUAACGUUACAGGUUUCUUCCCCAAAGCAGUGAAUAUCACAUGGAGGAAGGACGGAGAGGAUGUGCAUGAGAACGUGGAGCUCAGAAUGUCGUUAAUAAACCAGGAUGGAAGCUUCCAGAAGAGAAGCAUUCUGAAAGUCCCAGCUGAGGAGCUGCAGAAACACACCUACACCUGUGUGAUUCAGCACAGCAGCUUGGAGAAGGAGUUAGUGCUGAAUGUGAACAAGCAAUCAAACACAAAAGAUGGAGGAUCAGAUGGAGGGAAUAUUGGUAUCAUUUUUGCUGCAGUCAUCACGCUCCUUGUUCUUGUUGCUUUUGUUGGAGUGUUCACCUGGAAGAAGAGAAAAAGUUCUGGUGCAGAAAAACCCCAUGAUGUUCAACAGAACGGAACUGAGAUAGAUCCCCUAAAGUAAACCAGGAAGUGAGCCUCCACACUGAAGAGCAAUUUCCUGUCCAGGUUUUCCUCUACUGAAGCUUCCAUUCAGGGUGUGAAGAGUGAAUACAACAUGGACAUAAUGACAUAAUGAGACAUAAUGACAGUGUGAGAAAAAGCAAGUUCUGUACAGUGCUGUUUUUGUCCUCCUUAAACCGUAGACUUUAUCCAAACAGAAAUAAACAAUUUCAUGUAUAAAAAUUGGUUAAAUACUUUGACAGUGACACACUGGAGUAAAUCAUUACAUCGUUUAACGUGGAGCAAAUCUGCAGGAGCAGCGAAACUUUAGAUUAAAAAAAUAAAAGCUUUCACUUUUGACAGGUUUCUGCAGCGAGUUUCUAACAUAAAAACCAGAGUCUCAUUGUCAUACUUGAGAUUUUUAUAGAACUCAAGCAGGACCCGUGUUAAUAUAGGAUCAGCUUUUUUAUGUUUAUGUACAAAAUAGAUAAAAGUUUAUGUACAAAAUAAAUAAAAUUCAUUAUAUCAUAAAACAAAACCGGGGGGCAUGGUGGCUUAGUGGUUAGCACGUUCGCCUCACACCUCCAGGGUUGGGGGUUCGAUUCCCGCCUCCGCCUUGUGUGUGUGGCGUUUGCAUGUUCUCCCCGUGCCUCGGGGGUUUAUUCUGGGUACUCCGGUUUCCUCCCCCGGUCCAAAGACAUGCAUGGUAGGUUGAUUGGCAUCUCUGGAAAAUUGUCCGUAGUGCGUGAGUGAAGGAGAGUGUGUGUGUGUGUCCUGUGAUGGGUUGGCACUCCAUCCAGGGUGUAUCCUGCCUUGAUGCCCAAUGACGCCUGAGAUAGGCACAGGCUCCCCGUGACCAGAGAGUAGUUCAGAUAAGCAGUAGAAAAUGAUUGAAUGAAUGAAUAAAACAAAACCAUCUUUAUUUGCCAUUUGCUGUGGGUAUAACUGAGUGAUAUACCAUUAUUUAUAUUACACCUUGUUGGAAAAUAGAUGGUAUAUACAUAAUGAUGCUUCAGAUGUUACUGUGCUCACAUUAUGUAGCAUCCGUGUACAUACAGAGAUAAUACUGCUAUAUUUACAGUAUCUUUUACUAACAGAAUACGGCUUUCUAUCAAUUAAAGUUCAUAAUAUUAAAUCAAUUACACUUACUUGCGUUACUGCAAGUCUUUGAGCCUGCAACAUGUGCACACGCAUCAAGCCUUCUGUUUCCAGUUGUUUAUCCGCAGCAACGUUACGACCUCUGCCUCUAACGUUACCUCUCGAGUUCUAGGUGUUGAACGUCGUCUUCCGCGUGAAACGGAGCUAAACCUUUCACGAUACAACACACAGUACUACAAAAACACAUUUGACCUGUAUUACCAUAGUAUUACUCAUUAAAUUCAUUUAUUGAUAAAAAUAUCCCCUCGGCCAGCUGCCCCUGCAGGUUCCGCCAUAAUAGUUGUCUGGGUCGUGUAAUUAUGUGUGGGGCGGAGCUAUCAAAACAGGAGUGACACCCAUGUGGGUUAGGGGCGUGUUUGUUCAAUCAGAUUUUUGAUCCUUUCCUCUUUUGUGUCCAGUGGAUCAGGUACAGCAGUGUUCACUAAGAUUUAUUCUUAUUGCUUUUUAAAAUUGUGUUGAAUAUUGUAAAUGUGUUACAAACCAAGUCACUUACAAUGCCUUCUUUUGAACCAAUGUUGUGUCAGUCAGCUGUAUGGUCUGGUCUUUAUCAGCAAUCAGGUCUGUGCUGAGCUCGGAGUUUGCGAUGACCCAUUGGCCCCCGAGGAGCUCUCAGUUGCACUAUUGUAAACUUUUGUAGGAAGGACAUUAUUCACAUUUACACUAUCUACUGUAGAGUGUCACCCAAAUGAGGAUGGGUUCCCUUCUGAGCCUGGUUCCUCUCAAGGUUUCUUCCUCAAAUCAUCUUUUCCUUGCCGCUGUCGAUCCGGUUUGCUCAUUAGGGACAAGAAUAGAUAUAUAGUAUUUUAAAUUUUAAGUUAAUCUUUUUAAAUUAAUUUUAAACUUCAAUUGUAUAUAUUCACUUAUUUACUUUUAUGUUUUUUUUCUUCUUCUCGUUAUUAUUAUAUAUGUAUUUCCUUUUCUCUCUCUUCUGUUUCCAUACUCCUGUGAAGCUGCUUUGAGACAAUGGGAGAUUGUUAAAAGCACUAUACAAAUAAGUUGAAUUGAAUAGAACUUAGCACCUUUGUAUAUAUUUGUAAAUUUGUAAAAUAAAUGUUACACUACAGGAAUUGCACAAGGACUCCAUUUAAAAAUAAAAAUGACAUAAGGAAAUGUCACUCUUAUUAAAUAUUUUGUUUUAUUAUUAUCAAGUAUAAUUUGUAUGUCAAGAGAAACUCAUUGUUUAUAUAUGUUCAGUCAUAAUUAAGUCACAGUUACAUUACCAGUCUCAUAUUGAAAAGUUCUGCAGACUUUUAUCAAAAAUGAUAUACAUCAACUUUUAACUAUGACACAAGUGAUCUAUUUUUUAGCAAGAUAGAGCCCUUUAUUCCUUGUAUAAAUAAUAAAAAUUCUUUUAACAAAA